UUGCUUGUUCAUGAACAAAAACAUAGCUUACCGCGUGAAUUUUAAAGUUGUGUUGUUACACAACUGUUUCCAGGUGCAAAGCAAAGAAGCUCGUAUAUUGAUUAAAAAAAUGCAUAAAUUUAAUGUGUACCAAGUAACAGAGUCUUGUUUCGAAGACUCUGAAUAUGUUACAAUGUCAAAAGUGAUGUGUCCUCGGAACCUGAUGUAAGACAAUAAAGACUAUUUACGAAGCUGUAUGUUAAUAUAAAUGGGAAAGAAACUUCAAUUCGACGAUGGAUGCGUGAUCCACUAUUCUUUGUCGUUUGUUCUAAGUUUUCGUACAGAGAGCAAGUCGGUCGGUCGGCUGGAAGUGCAUAUGAUUAGAAAUCUGGCGUCAUGAAAAUUGGCAUUAGUGUGAGAAUCCGAACUUUUUAUAAAAGUUUUGAAAAAGAAGACAGAUGAGUACUUUUCCCUUUUAUCCGAAACGUCUUCAAGUUUAUUAAGCAGUGCCGACUGUUGCAUGAAAUCGAGUAACACUGAAAUAUCCAAAAAGGGGUUCCAGUGCCUGAACAAAAUUAUAUACCGCGUACCUUGCAACACCACUGCUUUUGUAGAUGCAAUUUUGGCGCGAAGCUUGCAUUCUAUUCGAAACCAGCGCUAUUCGUUUGCUUGCAAAGACCUGUUAUAUUAUGAGUCCGUGGAUUCUAGAAUGAAGACUACUGACGGAAUUGUUCUCUCUCAAUCGUUGUUGUGCUUGGCUUUGUACAUGACUCGGGAUAACCAAGCGGCAAAGAAUAUAUUAACGAAGUUAAAGGAUAUGAUUGAUCGCUUGCCAUCUACAGUUAAAACCAGUGAAAUUGCAUCUUUUUGGUCGGUUUUACAAAAAUAUGAGAAAGAAAUAAACCAAGAAACUCGGAAUGUCCAAUUUAUCAGGAAACCGGUCUUCAAUACAUAUGUGCCUUUCAAUGGCUUUAAGUGUAGCAAGAUAAUACCAUUUGCCAGCAGCGCAUGUGAAUACAGCAAAAUUUUGAAUGGCCCUGUCGAUUCUGCUGGGGUUUUCGCAAGGGUCAGCAUCCCCAAAGAAAAAAUUAUUCUUGUUGAGAACCCUGUGUACAUCCAGUUUAGUGCACCUUUUUUGAAUUGUGAAAUGUGUGGAGUGCACCAAGAACUACUAUACACAUGUAGCCGCUGUCGCUACAAAACAUAUUGCACCCAGGCAUGUAUGGAAUCGGACUGCGAGGUACACCAAACUGAAUGCUAUGGAUACAAAAUAGGCCUGAUACCAAUGCUGGAAAUAACACAGCUGUUUCGAUGUUUUCUUCAAGCUGCAAAGUAUUUGAAUCAGGCUAUAUUGGAAUUGUCUCUGGAUGGUAGAAUAAUAAGCGAUCCACUUGUCGCUUGGAAUUUUAUACUACAUUAUGCAAACGAAGAUGAUAAAGGGGACUCGGUUAUUAUCGAAUUUUUGGCGACGCAACCAGACUACAAGUUGUUAACCUCAGAAAAGUAUCACGAAGUGAUAUCCACAGCAUUUCGUCUGUCGGUUUUUAUCUUUAAUGAUACCAACAUCAUACAGACUUACUUCAGUGUGCUGCCUAUCAACAAAAUUAGUAUGAUCAAAUUAAUAGCUGCGGUUCUCAUGCGGUUAAGUGCACACGUUUUAUUAAAAUCCCAACAAGACGACCUGCAUUAUCCACAAGUUGAAACAACAAAUUCACAUGAGGAUGAUGAUUCAGUAUUACCAGUAAUGAGCGACCGUGCAUCUGCAAAUGCCAUCAGCUAUUACGGAAUCAAUGUUCCGUCGGAUUUCGUAGACUGUUACAAUGAAGUACGCAAACGUGCGUUGUCAAAUGAGAUGCUUACUAAAGCACGAAACCAGUUUCAACUCUACAAACCAUACGAUAGUCCAAUGUCUGGGUACACGAUUAGGCUACUUCAUUUAUCCCUAACGCAUGAUCAAAUUAAAUCCGCUGAAAAUCUCUUCAGUGCGGAAAUUCUAAAUUCAAAGAAAACAAAGAAGAUUCUUGAUAACAUGAACACAUCGAAGCGUUGCCAAUUGGUCACCAAAAUAGCUACAUAUUUUCAUCAGUUCCUUGAAGACUAUUUUGCCCAAGCGGAUAAUUAUUACAGCUGUUACCAAAAAAAAUCCACCCUUUGUUCGACUUUAAAGGCAUUCAAACAGAGUAAUACGACAGGCAACAUUAAGGUUAUAUCUCUAUCUAGGGGGCAGUUUUUAGGAGUUGCAUCUACGGAUAUAGUGCCUGGAGAAGAGUUGAUUUUAAGCCCAUACAUGUUAAGGCCCCUCACUCAGAGUCGCGUAUUGAAUCAGCCCUAUUCUCAUGCCUUCAAGUUAGCAAGUGAAGGUGCGUCAGAUGCCAUGGCAGGACUUCAACAGGAAAUUCUUGAAUUGUUUAGUACGCCCACAACCAAAUGCGCACAGCCUUAUGCCGAAAAUGAUUCGUUUUGCCAACAGCAUAUAUCAUUCAUUUUGGAAAUCGAAAAGAAAAUGUUAAGUUUGGAGUCUUCUCAGCUGGACAUUAAAGUACAACACAGGUUAGCCAUUUUGCACGGCACAUACAAUUCUUUUGCUGCCUUGCAUUUUGAAGCAGGAAAUGGUCAACUCUUACGUGGAGGGCUAAAAUUUGCCAAAUUUCUAGCAGCGAACGGGUUUUUAGAGCACGCCAGUGAUAUUAUAUUUUUCAUAGUUAAUUCUCUAGAAGUGGAUAUAUGUUUGGAUGAAGCAGGAAUUUGCCGAAGUAUAUUCUCUAUAAUCCGAAAGAUUAUUGAAAAAUACAUUGAAAAUAUGGAUGCUUGUGUGGAUGUGAAUCGAGAGUAUCCAAACAUGUUACUGGCCAGCUGCUUUUCGAUUGUAGAAAGACAACAAAGAACUUUUGAAUCACAGCUGGAAGAUGAAGAUGCGUUUUCUUUGUACAUGGAGUACAGUGCACAUUAUUACAGAUGGAAAACCAUAAUAAAUGCUUAUAUUUUAAUGCCACCCCGCUUAAAAAAGUAUUUGUUGGACUUGGAAGCUUAAUUAGCUUUCUACCAAAGAUACUUUUGACUUGGAAAUUUGUAUUUUGAAUCUAACAUCGUCGAAAUGUGAUUGCUUUAAGUAACAUUAAUUCAUAAAUUACCCACUAUGUGGGUAAUAUCAUAUAUGUACGAAUGAUUAUAUGUACAUAUGUAUAAUUUAAAAUUAGUUGAGAAAGCUUAAAUUGCAUUUAAUGAAAUUUAAUCGAAAACGAUGUGCUGAGCAAUACAAUACAAACUAAUAUUUUUAUUGGCAAAAGCACAUAAACAGCGUACAUUAAUAUGGCAGAUAAUCAAAACGAUAAAUAUUUUAAGUAGUGUAUUGGUUUAGACUGAAUAUUCAACAUAAGAUGUAUAAAAAAUGCAUUGUUUUUGUUGUAACCAACGUUAUUAUGAAGAAAUUAAAUAUCGG